ACCUACACAGCCAAUUAACCAUUGAACUAUUGACUUAGUUAAUCUCAUGAGAAGGAAAGAAAGUGAAAGUCAAUCAGAUUUUUUCAGCAGUAAGCCAAUGACUGAGGUAGACAAUAUUGAGUUAAAUAUUUCUAUUAAUAUCCUACGAGCAUUUGGUUUAGUCGUCUGCUAGACGACAGUUGGGCAUGUAUUAAAGCAGGUUUACGGAUAAUUAAUCAUAUAAAGGUGAAAAGAAUUAAGUAAAAGUACCUGUACGUUUGAAGAAAACCAAAAUAAAAUAUGGGAGUAAACAGUCAACAAUUUCAGCUCGGUCUGUUGAUCGUUACUCUAGUGGUUGAUGUUGCAGAUAUUAUUUGCGAUUGGCUAUUUUUUGUACAUAUAUAUUAUCUGGAACCAGGAUUAGUUUACGGCCCCCCAAAACAAGCCGUAAUAUGGGCGCUGUUAGCAAUGGCUGUGAUCGGAUCUAUUUUCUUGAUUUUUGAAAUGGCUAAUUCAUGUCAUGGGAUUUGUAGUGGACAGGCAUGGGUGUGUACCGACUGUGUCUCUCUCGCUACUGUCUGGUUCGCUGAUUUACCACAACUGAUCCUCAGCUUGAUAAUCGCUGCUUGUCGUGAAGAUCCUGUCAGCAUAUUCCAGCUGAGCAAAGCAUCUGUGGUUCUACUUGCCAUGUUAAUCCGACUACUUCUAUAUUUUGUGCGGUACUGUAAUAAGGAAUCCUUUAAAGAAGCCAGCAAACAUAAUCCGGCAAGAGCAUCUGUUGUCAAGAUUCGUUUAGUUAUUUUCCUUGGACUUCUUCUAAAUAUUCUUGCAUCUGUCCAAAUUUUCCUUUUUACUCAAACCAAUCUAACAGAUAAUGGUAUCUCCAUUUCAACUCCGUCAUCAGCCUUCGAUCACGAAUUUGAUAACGAUCGAUAUUUUAAAAAUGUCAGUAUAUUGUUUCAUCACCCAACUUUUAUAUAUAAUGGGCAAAAUUCGAAUGACAAUUUUAUGCGACUAAUAAAAAUAAACAAUUUACUUUAUAAUCCUGACAAAAAAUACUUUUUUAAUUAUGAAUAUCAAAGUACCAGCACUGAUUUGAAGAUGGUGAUUUGGAAAACAACAGAUUCAGAACCAUGGCAACCAAUGGAAUGUUAUAUGAUUAAUAAAACUACAAAACAGAUCACCGUUGGGACAAACUGUGCUUUUUUCAUAAUCGGCCCUUACACAGAAUCCAUCUUUUUUGCAUUUGAAUUUGACGCUCCACAUGGUCUUUUUGCUAAACAGCUAAUCGGAGAUAUAAAAUACAAUGCCAAGGUCAACAACAAUAUCGAAUGUAAAACUCUUCAAAACAUCAAAGAAAGUAUGGGGUCUGACGUUUCACUGGCUGUUCACUAUUACAGGACAACUUUAUCAGAUGUAAAUCAUCUCAUUCAAGUCUCGGGUCAAGCUACUUUUUACGGCACUAAGAAUUUGACGGAUAUCAAAACUGUCUGGAAGACCGGAUGGUGUAAUUGUGAAAGUACAGGAGCAUUAGCACCACAUCAAGAUACAUCUGUUAUUACUCCAUGUUCCAGAUCCUAAACAAUAUUUAUUUAUUCAUAAAAAUACAACUUUAUGGUUUACUACUUCUUGGUUUAUUUACAUGCCAUGUUUCAAUACUCUUACAGGUAUCUUUAUCAAGCAUUAAUAGUAUACCUCUACUUCUAAAUGUCAUUUAAGAAUAAUAUUUAUUUAUUUUAUAUUAGUUUUUAGAGGAAUAUGUUUAUGUGUGAUUUAAUGGAACUGAAGAGGACAAAUGCUCAUCUGGAAUUCAACAUUUAUCUCAAAAGCAAGACUGAAAGAAAUAUUUGUUAUAACUAUAAGUGUUGAUAAAAAAAAAAACCCACAUGAAAUUAACUCAACUAUUAUUAUUUUCAAAAUGUAAAAUAUCAAAUAAAGAGAAGAACAGUUCUCCCAAUUUUAAGUAAACAUUGGAACUCUUCAAUAAGGUCACAAUUUUAAGUAAACACUGGAAUAACUAUUCAAUAAGGUCACAAUUUUAAGUAAACAUCGGAACUACUCAAUAAGGUCACAAUUUUAAGUAAACAUUGGGACUACUCAAUAAGGUCACAAUUCUAAGUAAACAUUAUAACAACCGGUAUAGGAAGUGACAAUAAUUCUCAUACUAGAUUUGUUACAACCAAAACAUUGUCACUUAAAGUUAUUGCGCUUUAGAAGUCUUCAUAAUUUUAGAUUUGAUGUGAUUUGGCUACAGAGGUACAUCAGACAUGUUCCAAUUAGACUGUAUUCAACUCUGAAAUAUACCUGCCAAGAGAUAUAGGGAUGGUUUUGUUUUUGUGGUUUUCUUGGAGUUUAAACAAUGCCUGUGAUAUAUAUACCAUAAUCUAAGUAGUUCAGUAUUUUGUUUUUUUCAGUAAUUAGCCGAGUCAAAUGUUAUUAUCAAUAUGAUAUUAGUCUAAAUCAAUUACUUUCAUUUUCUUUGUGAAAGUUAUAAUAACUCUUUGAACUCUAAUUAUAUUAUAUACAUUUUUAAAUAAAUGUACACAAAACUCUACCAAUCUUCAAACUUAUGUUUUCGAAUCCCCGGCUGUACGUGACAAGGAGUAGGGUCGCCUGUCCAGCCUCGUGGGUUAUCUCCGGGUCCUCCGGUUUCCUCCCACUGCUACAGACCCCUACGCGCAAGCAAAUUAUUGAAAUAAAAUUAAACCAUAUGUUAGUCCCGAAAUGACCUAGUUUGUGUCGAGUGGACGUUAAACCCCAUUUCUCUCUCUUUCUCUCUCAAACUUAUGUGUUGAUGGAUUUACGGUACAUUUGUAUGUUUUAUUUAUGUCAUGUAUGUAUAUUUUAUCAAUUAAAGCAGAUGAUCCUUCUUUGCAUUUUUCAGACAAUAUCUGAUUUUACACAGCUUAAUCCAUGCUAAAAUAUACUCUAGUUGAUUAUUCAACAUUUAAUUAAGAAAACAAAAUCAAAAUAUCAAAAUUAGAUUAUCUCCAGAUUUGGAUAAAUCUGAUUAAAAGAGACACAUCAAAAGUUUCAAUGGAAAUAUCGUAUUACAGGGGUGCCAAACUUAUCAAUCCAUAGUACCUUUGUAAAUAUUGAUCAGAAUUGAACCAUUUUUGAACUAAAACUCAUUUUUACAAAUCCCUAAAAUGACUAUCAAAGAUUUUAAGUAAUCCAUUUACUAUAUAACAUAUAUGUUAUUUCAUUUAAGUUAUCUAAUAACUAUAUGACAUGUAUAUAUGUUUUAUUUAAGUAGGGGACCACGGUGGCUAAGUGGGUAAGACGCUGUCUCGCUGGCCUGGAGCUCGGGUAUUCGAUCCCUGCAUUGGCCGAGAAAGUGCAUCCAGAUUUUGUGGCGUGGUUCCCCCUUGUCAGUGAUGCAGGACGGAGAGCCUGACAAAGACAGCUGUCUAAUCGUUCAGAUGUGACGAAAAUCCGAGGUCCCGUGUACACAUUGGCGUGCAGGUAAAAGAUCCCUUGACAGUUGGAAUUCGAUAAAAGGGUAGCCCGUAGUACCACUGUCUGGACAAAAUUUCCCGCAUAGCACACUGUAUGGCAUAUGCCCAUCUCCAUUAGCCCAGUUCGGAGCAGAACAGUAGGAUGUUAAACCCCAUUUCAUUUUAUUUCAUUUAAGUAAUCUAAUAACUAAAUGACAUGUGUCUGUUUCAUUUAUGUAAUCUAAUAACCAUGUGACAUGCAUGCAUGGUUUAUUUAAGUAAUUCAGUUACUAUAUGACAUGUAUACGUUUUAUUUAAGUAUUUCAGUUACAAUAUGACACGUAUGUAUAUUUCAUUUAAGUUAUCUAAUAACUAUUUGACUUGUAUGUAUGGUUUAUUUAUGUAAUUCAGUUACUAUAUGACAUGUAUGUUUUAUUUAGGUGUUCUAGUUACUAUAUGACAUGUUACUAGGAUGUUCUUCACCCACGCUGAGGCCCUAUAACUCUACUACUGUAGCCUGAUGUGUUUGUAAAUAUGAAUAUUGUAGAAUAAAAGUAUUUAAAAUUGUGCAACAUGCUUUUAAACUUGAUACUAAUAUUUGAUUUCUGAUAUAUCAAUUAAGUACUGCUUCAUCUGAAGACAGAAUGGUAAAUAAGACCCAAUGAGUAGGGAUGGGAAAGAGUGACAGAGAUAUGUGGUUUAAUGUCAUUAGGGACUAACAUAUGGUUCAAUUUUAUUUCAAUAAUUCACUUGCGUGUAAGGGUCUUAUGCAGUGGGAGGAAACCAGAGGACCCAGAGAAAACCCAUGAGUUUGGACAGGUGACCAUACUCCUUGUCACGUACAAGUGGGAAUUGAAACCAUACAACUCU